UUCCAAGGCCACAUAAACCCAAUGCUUCAGUUGGGCAGAAUCCUCUACUCCAAUGGCUUCUCCAUUACUGUCGUUCACGCCCAAUACAACUCCCCAAACCCUUCAACCCACCCAGAUUUCAGCUUUAUUCCCUUGCCAGAUACCUCAUCCGACCACAUCUCAACUGGCGAUUUAGUAGCUUUUGUAUUGGAGCUUAAUGCCAAAUGCAAAGCUGGUUUCCGAGAAUGCUUGGCUGCUGAAGCGAUGAGGCAACAGGGCUCCGACGAUGGAAUCGCCUGCAUUAUCUACGACGAUUACAUGUACUUCACUCAAGAAACGGCAAAGGAUAUGAAUCUUCCAAGCAUCAUCUUACGCACAAUUAGUGUUUCCAGUUUUCUUGCUCGUAAUGCCCUUUUCCAACUAAAGGCAGAAGGCCACAUUCCCUUCCCAGAAUCUAAGACACAUGAUCCAGCUCCAGAGCUUUAUCCACUCAGGUUCAAGGAUCUACCUCUCUCCAUUUUUACAAAUUUAGAGAACUUUUUACAAGUAGUGAGUAUAGUUUCUGACAAUAAAACAUCUUUGGCCAUCAUUCAUAAUACAAUUGACUGCCUUGAAAAUUCAUCAUUGGCAAAGAUUCGACAACAAUAUCAAGUUCCAAUUUUCCCAAUAGGCCCUAUGCAUAGGAUUGCCUCGGCCUCCUCUAGUAGCUUAUUGGAAGAGGAUAUUAGCUGCUUGGCGUGGCUUGAUAAGCAAAGUUGUAACUCAGUCAUUUAUGUAAGCUUAGGAAGCAUAGCAUUCAUGGACGUCAAAGAUCUUGUUGAGAUGGCUUGGGGGCUAGCAAACAGCCAGCAACCUUUCUUGUGGGUGGUUCGACCAGGCUCAAUUCGUGGUGCAGAAUGGAUUGAAGUACUGCCCCAAGGUUUCAAAGAAAGCAUUGGCGAGAGGGGUUACAUUGUGAAAUGGGCACCCCAACAGGAAGUUUUGGCUCACGGUGCAGUGGGAGGAUUUUUGAGCCAUUGUGGAUGGAAUUCAACACUCGAGAGUAUUUGUGAAGGAGUUCCAAUGAUAUGUAUACCAUGUUUCGGGGACCAAAGAGUGAAUGCAAGGUAUGUGAGCCAUAUAUGGAGGGUAGGCUUGGAAUUGGAGGGUAAGUUGGAGAGAGGUGAGAUAGAGAGAGUUGUAAGAAGACUUAUAGUGGAUGAAGAAGGAAACGAGAUGCGAAAAAGGGGAAAGAUUUUGAAGGAGAGAGUCGAACUUUGCACUAGAGAUGGUGGUUCUUCCAAUAACUCCUUGAACAAGCUAAUAGAGCUGAUUAUGUCAUUUUAAUUUCACAUAUGCUAACAUCAAAACUACUUUUUUUUUUCUUCUGAUUGGAGGGAUUAUAUUUCAAGUCCAUAUAUGGAAGUCCCCAAAAAAAUUUCCUAAUUAUAUUUACCUGUAUUGUGAUGAUGUAUGGCCACUAGUUUAUCGAAAAGACUUUUUGCCUUCUGGAAAUAAAGGUGCUCAGAAUAAGUUGGAUCAUAGUCUGGAUUGGUAACAGAAGUAGUGGAGGUAGGGGAAUGAAAACAGAGGCAAGGGGAAAGCAAUCAUCAAUAAAGCUAAGAAGUUUUUGGCCGCGUAAAUAAGGUAAGAGUUGGGCUUCGCACGUAAUGAGGGGGAAAGCUAUUAUGAAUAAAGCCAACAAGACCCAUAUCCUAUCUUCAGUUGACGUGUUGUUAUCUUGAUCCUGUGCUUGAAUGAAUAUCUUGUUAUCUUUAUCUUCUCCCUUCUUUGAAUUCUUUGGGUGCAUGUUAUAAGAACUUCAUUUCAAGUAACUUGCUUUACCAUGAGAGAAAUCUAUAUCCCCAUUUACCCUGUUUUGGGGACCAUAGAGUGAAUGCAAGAUGAGUGAGUGAGAGCCAUAUAUGGAGGGCGAGUUUGAGAGAGGUAAGAUAGAAAGAGCUCGAAAAAGACUUAUGGUGAAGGGAUGGAGAUGUGGAAGAGGGGCAAGAAUUACAAAAUUUUAAAAAAAUUGGCACCCGACAUCAACUUUUUAAGCCAUGUGCUUCUGACAGUUUUGAAUCAAAAAUAAUAUUAAGCAAAUUUUAUCGUUUCCUUCAAGCCUUGUGCUGCUGUUCAAUUCGAUCCGAGGACGCAAACGCCUAUGUUCAUGUUUAUCUUUUGCUAUCCACUACGUCAUUUCCAGUCUUGCAUUGAACAUCAAAAUCAUAGUGACAUUACAAUGUCGAUCAUACCAAGGAAAGAGAUUGGUCGACGAAGUAGCGUCUUCGACCCCUUCAAGGAUUUUCCCUUCCCUCUUUUCGAUUCUGCGUUUGUGAUUCCAAAAUCAACUAGAAGAAGGCCCCAAAAGCCAACAUGUUCAAGGCCCAUCUUCCAGGGCUAAAGGAGGAGGUGAAGGUUGAGAUAGAAGAUGACAGAGUGCUCCUCACCAUAAUUUGUAAACCAGAGGGCUCAUGCAAGAUACUUGACCCAAGUAUGGAGAAUAGGACAGGGAUGGGAAAAUCAUUUGGAAAGAGGGGAGAUAGAGAGAGCUGUAAGAAGACUUAUGUUGGAAAAAGAAGGGGAGGAGAUGAGGCACAAUGGAUUUGAAGGAAAAGAUUGAUACUUCUACAAGGGAAGGUGGUUCUUCUUACGAUUCGUUAAAUGAGUUGGUAGAGUAAAUCCUGUCACUCAAAUUAUAACGACCUAGGGAAAGUGUUGUGUUAUCACUCUAACAAAACUAGUCAAUUUUGAACUUUCUAAAUCACUUAUAAAACUCAAUCUUACCUAGUAAAUAACCAUUGUAAAAUUUAGCACUCGAAAGUUCUUUAUAAUUUACUCAAUGGGUUAUUCAUCUAUUCAUCUUUAUACUGACUGCUUAAUCAGAAAGUUACAAUUAGUAUAUUUCUUAGCUCUCUCUUAAAGAAAUAAUAGCAUUG